AUGGCGACAACAGCUGGUGCAGAACCUGAAGAGGAGAUCCCGAACCCCUUCGAGCGUCUACAGCCAAACGGUGCUGACAAGGGCAAUGGGGCGGUCUUACACCCCAACGGUACGGGCAGCGAGGCGACAGACUUCGUCAGCGGGGGUGCGCAAGAGAGCGCCACAGACGAUGGCGACACUUCCGAGGACUACGACGACAUGCAGCUGGACCCCCAGACUAUGGUAGCGAACAGUAGGAAGAGUAUGGACGAAGCCUACCGGCCGGCUGGACGUCCAUACAGCAGCCAGGGUGAAUCGAAGAAACGACGCGAAUCCGAGCCUGUCAGCGAUUUCAUGCUUCAGAAACGCAACAGCAUCCAGAUCCGACUGGAGAAGACGGACCGCAAAGGACGAUAUGUUCUGCUGGCUGAUGACCCUGAGAUCAAGGAGAUCUUACGGAAAGGCAUUGAACGGCAGGAGGAUGAGGCUGGUAGUAAGAAGUCUCGAAGGCGGUUCAGAGAUCUGGUCUUCACGCGCCAGUUCACUACAUUCGACAGGCAGAAUCAGUCUGCGUCGCAAAGUGCUUUCUUUGGCUUCUUCACGCUUUUCUGGAUUGCCAUGGUGUUGCUGUUCGUCCAGGUGGCGAUGCACAACUACCGUGACUACGGCAGCAUCUUGGGCACGAAUCAGAUAGCGAAGAUGAUGUUCAGUCACGACCUCCUGGUGCUGGGGUUGACGGAUGGGGUGAUGUGUGCUACCUGUGCGGUCACGAUGUUCCUUCAGAUACUAGUCCGCAGAGGAUGGCUGCACUGGGAGAAGGGAGGCUGGGUCGUGCAGAACAUAUGGCAGUCAGCCUACUUGGGAGCAAUCGUUGGCUGGACGUACUUCAGGGAGUGGCCCUGGACGCACACCAUCUUCGUCGUCUUGCACGGCCUGGUGUUCCUCAUGAAGCAACACAGCUAUGCUUUCUACAACGGCUACCUUUCUGGCGUCUACCGCCGGCGAGCGGCACUUGAGCGCAAAUUGAAGCAGCUAGAGCAGACCGAACCGAUCGCGUCUCCCCCAUCAAGUCCUGUGGCAACCCGACAGAGCCCAACAGACUACACAACCAGCGCCGACCGGCGCGGCAGCUGGGCCAACGGCACCAACGGUACAGCAGCCAAACAACGCCCCUCCAUGGCCCACCGCACCGGCACAAACUUCAGCAAAGAGACCUCUAACGUCGCAACCAUUGCCAAAGCCAUCGAGAACGGCAGCCCCAUCGACGCCGACGAAAUGUCCACCUUCUCUUCCAUCAUCCAGGCCGAAAUCACCGACCUCUCCCGCGAACUGCAAGGCAAAGCCACGUCCCCCUCCAACUCCUACCCGCACAACCUCACCCUCUUCAAUUUCUUCGACUACAUCUGCAUGCCCACCCUCGUCUACGAGCUUGAGUACCCGCGGCAGGAAUUCAUCAACUGGUGGUACGUCGCGGAAAAAAUGACCGCGACCUUCGGCGUCUUAUGCGUGAUGAUGGUCAUCAGCCAAGCCUUCAUCUACCCCCCCGUCGCCAAAACCGUCGCGAUGAAGCAAGCCGGCAUGCCCAUCGACGCCCGCUGGCGCGAGUUCCCGUUCAUCGUCUCCGACAUGCUGUUCCCGCUCCUCAUCGAACAACUCCUGACCUGGUACCUGAUCUGGGAAUGCAUCCUCAACGUGCUCGCGGAGCUGACGCGCUUCGCCGACCGCGGCUUCUACGGCGACUGGUGGAACAGCGUCACUUGGGACCAAUACGCGCGGGACUGGAACCGGCCGGUGCAUAACUUCCUUUUACGACACGUCUACCACUCCUCCAUCAGCACGUUCCACCUAUCCCGCAACGCGGCGACGUUCGUCACGUUCUUGUUGUCGGCGCUCGUGCACGAGAUGUGCAUGGCGGUCAUGUUUAAAAAGGUGCGCGGGUACCUGUUCUGGAUGCAGCUGGGACAGAUGCCGUUGGUCAUGUUCAGUCGGAGCAAACUGAUGCGCGAUCGGAGGGUGUUGGGGAACGUGAUUUUUUGGGUCGGGUUGUUUGUCGGGCCCAGUUUUCUGACGGCGUUGUAUUUGGUUAUUUAG